GUCUCCUAGGGUUGAGGCGGAAACGGGGACCUAAGGAGGGUUGGGGAGGACUGCUGUCGCGUGUGGAGAUUGCGUUUACCUGGUGAGCGGUUGUGGCGAGAGACCGAAGGCUCAGCUCGGGCCGCCCUGCGUCGUGAGCGGCCUCAUGGCGGUCCGAGCGUCGUUCGAGAACAACUGUGAGAUCGGCUGCUUUGCCAAACUUACUAACACCUACUGCCUGGUGGCCAUCGGAGGAUCAGAGAACUUCUACAGUGUAUUCGAGGGAGAGCUGGCCGAUACCAUUCCCGUGGUUCACGCGUCCAUCGCCGGCUGCCGCAUCAUCGGCCGCAUGUGUGUGGGGAACAGGCAUGGUCUCCUGGUGCCCAACAACACCACCGAUCAGGAGCUGCAACACAUUCGCAAUUGCCUCCCGGAUUCAGUGCAGAUCCGGCGGGUAGAAGAACGGCUCUCAGCCCUGGGCAAUGUCACCACCUGCAACGACUACGUGGCCUUAGUCCACCCAGACUUGGACAGGGAAACAGAAGAAAUCCUGGCUGAUGUGCUCAGGGUUGAAGUCUUCAGGCAGACAGUGGCUGAUCAGGUGCUGGUAGGAAGCUACUGUGUCUUCAGCAAUCAGGGCGGGCUGGUGCAUCCCAAGACUUCAAUCGAAGACCAGGAUGAGCUGUCCUCUCUCCUUCAGGUCCCCCUUGUGGCGGGCACUGUGAACCGAGGCAGCGAGGUGAUCGCUGCUGGGAUGGUGGUGAAUGACUGGUGUGCCUUCUGUGGCCUGGACACAACCAGCACAGAGCUGUCAGUGGUGGAGAGUGUCUUCAAGCUGAACGAAGCCCAGCCUAGCACAAUUGCUACCAGCAUGCGGGAUUCCCUCAUUGACAGCCUCACCUGAGUCACCUUCCAUGCUGUUCCCUGGCUCCAGGCCCUGGACUUGGGCUCCUUCUUCACGUCCCACCCAGUCUGUCUUGGAUGCUGGCAGGGCAGUGGCAGAGAGCUCACUUGGACUCGUGGCUGGAUGCCCAGCCCUUCACCUGUGCCCAUCUCUUGAAUCUAUAGCUAAUGUAAAAAUCUGCCACAUCAUGCUGGCUGGCAGGUCCUGUGGCUUCUGGUUGAGAGCUCUUUUGUCCUGUGCCACCCCAUUAAAGGGCAGUUUCCUCUGAC